AUCAACAAAUCGUAGAUAUAAAUCAGCAAUUUAGCUUCUGACAGCCUUGAUAGGCGCCGAUUUGGCUUGGAAAGUGUGCCACAACGCACAACUCGCCUGCCAUGUGAGCCUCGGCGCACUUUUAAUUGUUACUCACGCGUUAUUGUUAUCUCGGCUCGACGUGGAGGUCGCAAUCGAAAUUUCCUGAAAGCAGUCAGACUGCGUCAUUUCGCCUGCUCAGCCCGCCCAGCCGGGGGAGAAAAGAACGCGUGCAUGGCGCUUGUGACAGCAAGCAGCGCGUGGGCGCCUCUCCGCAGCCUCUUUUCAUUUGUAUUCUUGUGAUGGUGAUAUACGCGCGGCUUGAUUUUUUAUUAUCAUCAUCUCCUCCCUCGCUUGCUCACACACACACAUACAUCACAACAACCACCGGCAGCUCAGUGUGUGACGUCACGCGAACCAAAUGAGCUGCGGAAUCCUCUUCAGUCCAAUAUCCGUCCUUGGCGAGAUUAUUUUCCUCCAACCUUUAAGAAGCUUUACGAAUAGAUUAACGCAGCAACUACUCGUCUCUUUGCCCCGGAGAGCCACCUGAGGCCGCGCCAUGGAUUACGACUAUCUGCUGAAAUUCCUGGCCCUGGGUGACUCGGGCGUUGGAAAAACGAGCUUCCUCUUCCAGUACUCGGACAACGUGUUCCACGAGAAAUUCAUCUCGACGGUCGGCAUCGACUUUCGGGAAAAGAGGCUGAUUUACAGACCGCCCACGGAGGACGGCUUUCUGAGCCAAAGGGGUCAGCGCAUUCACCUGCAACUUUGGGACACCGCUGGCCAAGAGAGGUUUCGCAGUUUAACGACGGCCUUCUACCGAGACUCGAUGGGAUUUCUGCUCUUGUUUGACAUCACCAACGAGCAGUCCUUUGUCUCAAUCCGCAACUGGCUGGAUCAACUCAAGACGCAUGCUUACUGCGACGACCCAGAUGUCAUUUUGUGCGGCAACAAGGCUGACCUCGAGGACGAAAGGGUCGUCAGUGAGGAGCGAGCCAGGGAAACUGCAAAGAGAUAUGGUUUGGUGUACAUGGAAACAAGCGCGGCCAGCGGGCAGAACGUGGCGAAAGCGGUGGAGCUGCUGGUGGACAUGGUGAUGAAGCGGAUGCAACACUCGCUCGAGCAGCCACCCUUCGUCAGGGGGAGCAGAGGCCUUCCCCGACCAGGACAAGAUCUCAACGACUGGACCUCGGAGACAGGCGAAAAGUCGCGCUGCUCCUCAUCCUCCUGUUGAUACUCACCGCGGGAAGCGCUCUUAUGUGUCAUAUACGCCCUCGCUUUAAAGGUUGAGACUUAACUUAAAAACACUCAAUUCGAUCAGGCCAAAUUUUACGUUGUUGGCGUGAGAGAAGUUUGGGGAUUCGAUAUUUACAGUUAUAUUUUUAUGUGUGCUGCGAGUAAAUAAUUACCGGAACGUGUUUAUUUGUGCUAUAAGUGGGUGUAAAUAUUCAUGAUAUAUACGUAUAACAUUAAAAACACAGAUCAAAAGACCUUUUCGAUUUGCACACACGACUCGGUUUGCGGAAUGAAAAAAGUGUUAAAAAUGUAAUCGAGGUGAUACAUACAAAAACAUGAACCAAAACGUGCCCUUUGUACAAAACUGCAUUUGGAUACAUACACGAUUAGCGUGAAGGAAAGAAUAAAUAUACAUAUUAUAUUAUAUUUACUCCUGUAAAUUCCUAAGAGCUUGAAAUGUUAAUGAUGCGCGCAAAUUUUAUUCAGAAGCUGCACACGCUUCGGUCUGAACACUCUAAAUGAAUGCACCCUCCAUUUGAAGCUUUCUGUCUGCUUUAAACCCUUCCGGCUUGAUAAAUCUACUUAGCCGUGAGAGCACUAGAGUAAAAGCAGUCGCUAAUCCGCUUUAGCUAUGUUAAAAAAGCGAUCCAUCGUGUGCUGAGAAAAAAGACGAGGACUUGCAAUGCGCAUUUUUCUAUCGACUACAAAUAAGUGGACUGUUUUCAUGCAUGCAUAUCACUUUAAACAUUUACUACUUGUUACAUUCAGAACCGUUCUCUCUUAUUCAAGAAAUAUUCGCUGCUCGACGACUUUUUAUGCGUCAGAGCAAACUACAAGGUUGUCUCGGUCGAAUUGUAAUGCUUAUACACUCAUUGUUGGACUAUUCUUCCACUGCUAUUUGAACUAACUGUCGGUUCUGUGAAAACCAGCGGCGUCUUUUGAUUGCCGCGAUCCUCUGUGAAAACAUAUACUAUACUUUAUGACUACAUUAUAUAAUUAUAUAUACCAAAUCGGAUGAAAAAUGACUAAAUAAAAACAUGAUUGUCUACUGUG